CCCCCCCCCUCUUCCGGCCUCUUAAUGUCUAGCAGCCCGCUCCACCCGCCCGCGAGCUCUCACACCCACCCACCGAUCUCGAUCUUUUCCUCCUCACCGGCCCGCCAGUUGCACCACACCAACUAUAUCGCGCAUGGCGCCGUCCAACUCUGAGCCAUGCAUGCAGCGGCCGCCUGCCGAAGAGUUGCAGUCGGAAACGGUUCGCGACGCCGCGUCGGAGGAACGGACGACCGUCCCUGCGGCAGGGACGUCCGAGUCCGACCCGACGAGGCCGGAGCCGGCAAAGGCGGAGAGGAAGAAAGACAGGGCAGCGGAAGACGCGGAAAGUGGCGUGGAGCUGGCGCGGCGGCCGCCGGUGGUGGAGGAGAGCGCGCGGGAGCGGCUGAAGCGGCACCGGACGGAGAUGGCAGGGCGCGUGCGGAUCCCGGACAUGUGGGGCCAGGAGAGGCUGCUCAAGGACUGGGUCGAUUGCGCCGUCUUCGACCACCCGCUCGCCGCUACCACCGGGCUGCUCACCGCCCGUGACGCGCUCAUCGCCGAGUGCGCCGCCGCGCGCCGACCCGCGCACGGCUCCACGGGGCGACCGCUCCGGGUGCAGAACGGCUGCUUGUGAUUGAACGGCUCGAGGAUCUCGUCCUUUUUGAGAGUGCUUUGUUUUUGCUUCUUCGAUCUCAAGUGACUACGUACGUACGUGCUCUCUCUAUUUGAAACUCUAUUGGUCGGAGUAUGAAUUUGAUCGAUGGUAGGUACCCCAUGAAGUAAUUAAUAUUGUUUACUCAUGCUUGACUAGUACUGGUUAAUGUAAUUAAAUUAGUUGCUCACCAUUUUGGUAUGUUCCAAUCUUGUUCGAAUCAAUACUGCAUCAGCUGGGUCAAUUGAAGAGCUGUUAUUUGACCCAUCCUAUUUCCAUUUUUCAUGUUCAUGUGUGAUUGCAAGUUUGCAACUAGUGGGUAAGCUAGACUUAUGUUUCUGUGA